AUGCUGCCGUCUGGGUCCUCCAAACCCACCAGGCUACCACCAGAGGCCACUGCCCAACCCACUCUUGGUCCGGAGGGGCCCAGCGCUCGGCCUACCAAGCCGCACUCUGACUCCAGUGUCCGGUCCAAGUUGUUGCCUGGUGUAAAAUCUGGGUCCAGUGAGCCUCACGGUAAGCUACACGAGCAGCAGAGCGGGACAGGUGUACAGACCCAGGUCGGUGUUCAGUCCAGCACAACAUCACGGACCGCUGCUCAGCCGACCACGUCAUCGCAGACUUCUGCUCAGCCCUCCACGUCGUCGCGGUCCGCUGCCCAGCCCUCCACGUCAUCGCGGUCCGCUGCCCAGCCCUCCACGUCAUCGCGGACUGCUGCCCAGCCCUCCAUGUCAUCGCAGACUGCUGCCCAGCCCUCCGCGUCAUCGCAGACUGCUGCCCAGCCCUCCGCGUCAUCGCAGACUGCUGCCCAGCCCUCCGCGUCAUCGCAGACUGCUGCCCAGCCCUCCGCGCCAUCGCAGACUGCUGCCCAGCCCUCCACGUCAUCGCGGAUCGCUGCCCCAUCCUCCACGUCAUCGCAGAACGCUGCCCAGCCGUCCACUGAGCCACCGCUUGUGACCAGCGACCAGCCUUCUCCGACAGCCUCCGCGGAGGAGUGCGCGCUGUGGCCUCCUCUCCCUCCUUCAGACGAGGACCAUCGAUCCUCUGAGACCAGCUCCUCGGGGUCCUCAGAGCUGUCACCUCCAGACUGUGACGUCAGCUCUGUACUCGGAGAAGUCACUAAAGAAGAGGGCAUCACCAAGCCCGCUAUCCGCCGUCUGGCUCGCCGCGGCGGUGUGAAGCGUAUCUCCGGUCUGAUCUAUGAGGAGACCCGCGGAGUGCUCAAGGUUUUCCUGGAGAACGUGAUCCGUGACGCCGUCACCUACACCGAGCACGCCAAGAGGAAGACCGUGACCGCCAUGGACGUGGUGUAUGCCCUGAAGCGACAGGGCCGCACCCUAAAGAGAGAAAAGGAGAGAAACUCCAAGGGAGGGAGGUCUGACCAAUCACGUGAGAGGAACAGCGCAGCUGCUCUGCAUGACGCGAAUAUAAAUAGAGCGCACGGACCCCCUCUCCGACAGUUGUACUCGCAGAGCAACAUGCCUGAGCCAGCAAAGUCCGCGCCCAAGAAGGGCUCCAAGAAAGCCGUCACCAAGACCGCCGGCAAAGGCGGCAAGAAGAGGAGAAAGAGCAGGAAGGAGAGUUACGCUAUCUACGUGUACAAGGUGCUGAAGCAGGUGCACCCCGACACCGGCAUCUCCUCCAAGGCCAUGAGCAUCAUGAACUCCUUCGUCAACGACAUCUUUGAACGCAUCGGCGGAGAGGCCGCCCGCCUGGCGCACUACAACAAGCGCUCCACCAUCACCUCCAGGGAGAUCCAGACCGCAGUGCGUCUGCUGCUGCCAGGAGAGCUGGCCAAGCACGCAGUGUCUGAGGGCACCAAGGCCGUGACCAAGUACACUAGCUCCAAGUAA